CUUUUGAUUGCUUUUGCUCUGCAUCUUUUAAUAGUUCUGUUGUUCUUCUCUGAUUUGAUUAUCAUUUAUAUAUUCUCAAAACAUUGAUAUGUUUUUCUUCAUCUUUGAUUACUGUUUUUGGUUUUUCUAAUCAAAAUCAGAGAACUUUGGUGUAGUUUGUGAGGAUUAGGAUUGCAAGUGUACCUACCCUUUCUCUCAAACCCUUCUGUUGUUCUUAUCUUCUUGUUUGUUUUUGCCUCCAAGAUCUCAUUUUUAUGUUUGGAGUUGAAGAGAUGGCAGUGUGGUGUUGUUGAUCUUGUUCUCCUUUGGGAAAGGGUGAAGAUCCAAUCCAUUUUUAAGCUUGGAGAUUGGGAAUGAAGAAGUUCUGAAACAAUGAGAGAUGAAAAUUCAAAGAAAAACAAGCUCUCAUGGUCCAAGACUUUGGUGAGGAAAUGGUUCAAUAUCAAGAACAAAGCUCAAGAUUUUCAUGGAGAUGAUGUUAUGUGCAGAGGAGGAGAUGGAUUUACUGCCAAGAAAAGCAGAACAGAUGAAUGCUCUAAGAAGAACUCAGAUCGAGUUCGGGGAGGAAAGAAUGAUCUUGAUGCAGGUGAAGUUAUUGAUGUUAUGGAUUACAGGAUCUUGGUAGCAACAUGGAAUGUAGGAGGGAAAUCCCCCCCAAGUUAUCUGAAUCUUGAAGAUUGGCUCCAUACAUCACCUCCUGCAGAUAUAUAUGUUCUGGGGUUUCAGGAAAUUGUGCCUUUGAAUGCUGGAAAUGUUCUCGGAAGCGAGGACAACGGCCCGGCCAAGAAAUGGGUGGCUCUUAUUAGCAAGACACUGAACAACCUUCCUGGUUCCAGUGACAAUGGCAGUUACCGUGUUCCCUCUCCAGUUUCUGAUCCAAUUGUGGAACUCAAUGCUGACUUUGAAGGUCCGUCGAUAAGGCAAAAGAAUGCGUCUUUCUUUCACCGCCGAUCAUUUCAAUCCUCGAGACAUAGUUUCAGAAUAGGCGGCGACAUCAUAGACCAGCAACCAAGAGUUGAUGGACGUUUUAGUGUGUGUGAUAGAGUUAUUUUUGGUAGCAGGCCUAGUGAUUUUGAUCCUAGUAACAGAUGGGGUGGUUCAGAUGACGAUGAAAAUGCUGGUAGUGAUUCGCCUAAUGCUAUGCUUUACUCGCCGACGUCAUAUGGCUAUGGUUCUCAUUCAUCAUUAACGGAUGAGAGAGACAGGUUAUCUGGGAACAUUAGCAGGUAUUGUCUAGUAGCAAGUAAGCAGAUGGUUGGGAUAUUUCUGACCGUGUGGGUUCGGAGUGAAAUAAGAGAUGAUGUGAAGAAUAUGAAGGUUUCAUGUGUUGGCCGGGGCUUGAUGGGAUAUCUCGGAAAUAAGGGCUCAAUAUCUAUUAGUAUGUCAUUACAUCAAACAACAUUCUGCUUCAUCUGUAGUCAUUUAACCUCUGGGCAGAAGGAAGGGGAUGAACUGCGGAGGAAUUCUGAUGUCAUGGAGAUUCUGCGAAAAACAAGGUUCCCAAGGGUUCAUGGCCAUGGAGAUGCAAAAUCACCCGAAACAAUACUCGAGCAUGAUCGAAUAAUAUGGCUUGGAGAUUUGAAUUACCGAAUUUCUCUUUCAUAUCGCCAUGCAAAGGCUCUUGUAGAAAUGCAAAAUUGGAGAGCACUGUUGGAAAAGGAUCAGCUUCGGAUUGAGAAAAGAUGUGGACGUGUGUUUGACGGUUGGAAUGAAGGAAUGAUAUAUUUUCCUCCAACAUACAAAUAUUCCAACAACUCCGAUCGUUAUGCAGGAGAUGACAUGCAUUCAAAAGAGAAGCGGCGAACACCAGCCUGGUGUGAUCGAAUUCUAUGGCUUGGAGAAGGUCUGAAUCAGGAGUCAUAUGUCCGUGGAGAGUCUAGGUUCUCUGAUCAUAGACCAGUAUAUAGCAUUUUCACCGCAGAGGUUGAAUCAAUUAACCGAUAUCGAAUCAAGAAGAGCAUGGGUUGUUCUAGUUCUCGAGUAGAGGUCGAAGAACUCUUGCCAUAUUCACACCCAAGUGGAUACACAGAACUCGGUUUCUUUUAAUGCAACCAGUUAGGAUUGAACUUUGAAGUCACUGUAAUUAUCGAAGGAACAACCCGGAAAGCUUGUUGGUAACUGUUUUCCUUUCCCUUAUGAUUUUUUUUUCUGCGCACCUUGGAUCGACACACAAUGUGGAAGGCUCUUUCACCGCAGGGCAUACUUCAAUUCUGCUGAUUUCUUUUACUACACAUAAGCAGAUUGGAUAGAGCAUUUUAGCUUGCUGCUAACCAAAUUGGCAAAUACUAUGGAACAGAGAACGGAUAAACCACUGACUCUGGCACUUGAACUGCCAUUCAUAUUAUGAAGCUGUUCAAAAACCAAUUUAUUUAUAUUUGAUGAUUUAUUUCUGUGUAAACUAUGUACAAAUAAAAAUUAAGUCAUGAAAUGUAUUUCUUGAUGUCAUUUGUCAAUCUGAUUGUAGAAAUUGUAAGAAACUUUUGCAGUGGUGGUUGUGUACUGCCCCAAUUUUGAUUUUGAUAUAUAUAUAUAUAUAUUUUUUUGGAAAGGAAAAACUGUAAACAUUUGAGAAAGGGGGAAAAUGGCAUCUCGAAUGGUGUAUUUGUGGAGAUUUUAUUUUGGCUGCAAUGAAGAAAAUUUCUUUUUAAA